CAUAUUACAGAGGAAUGAUUUCCUUCCUCCGGAUAAAAAUUGACAGGAAUUUGGAGGAAAAUAUUUCAGUGGUAAUUACUAAAACGCUCAGAGUCAGAUACAUUCAGCAUCAUACUGUAAGUCCUGUUAGUCAAAGCAUAAACAAGCGUAGGGCCUGGGGUGGCUUCCUUCAAGUAGGCUGACUCAGUCUGGGAGGAUUCACUUAGCAAGAAGCAGAGAGGAACCAAAGCAGGAUGAAGACGUUGCCCGUGCUCGUCCUGGCUCUUACCUUACUAACUGUCUUCUCAGAGACCUCCCCGAUUUUGACGGAGAAGCAGGCCAAACAGCUGCUAAGAUCUCGGCGACAGGAUAGACCACGCAAACCCGGAUUCCCUGACGAGCCAAUGCGGGAGUACAUGCAUCACCUGCUCGCCCUGGAGCACCGCGCUGAGGAGCAGUUCCUGGAGCACUGGCUGAACCCUCACUGCAAACCCCAUUGUGACAGGAACAGGGUUCAUCCUGUGUAAGGGGCUUGGGACCAGCCUCGCAAGCAUUUUAAUAGGCAACAACCCGGAUAAUGUUGAAACAAGACAAGGCUGCUUCUUUCAUUUUUUUUUAAAUUGUGGAAAUGGAUGUCUUCAGACCUCGUGAACUGUGGGCAUGUCAAAGGUUGUCUUGGAAAUAGCAAAUAUAUAUACUGCUUCAUUUUGCUAACCUGCAUAAAUCACUAAAACCAAUAGCUGAAAACAUAGACACUUUCCAAAGGUCUUCCCAUCAGUUUGUAAGAGUGGGAAGAACCAGAAUCUUACCUGGGGCUGAUGGAGCUGGAACCCCCAGACCAGGAGUUGGGGCAGGCUGCCUGCCCUAAAGAAUUUGGGGAAGCCUUGUUCAGAGUAGUGAAGCAUACCACUUGGGGUUGCUGAGUUGUUUUGUCAUCUAUUUUUUUCUUCUUCUUUUCUGCCCUAAUAAACAUGGAUAUUAAAUUUAA